AGCGCGCCCCUGGCAGCGCGUCCCGGCGGCGCCUCCUCUCCGGGCUGCCGUAGGCGCCGGGGCCGGCGCGCACGUGACCGGCGCGGCGCCAUGGCGGGCCCCGGGCCGCUGUCCCGCUUCUGGGAGUGGGGGAAGAACAUCGUCUGCGUCGGGAGGAACUACGCGGACCACGUCCGGGAGAUGCGCGGCGCGCCGCCCCGCGAGCCGCUGCUCUUCCUGAAGCCGUCCUCGGCGUACGCGCCCCCGGGCUCGCCGGCGCGACUGCCCGCCUACUGCCGCCGCCUGCACCACGAGCUGGAGCUGGGCGUCGUGCUGGGCCGCCGCGCGCGCGCCGUCCCCGAGGCCGCCGCCAUGCGCUGCGUGGCCGGCUACGCCCUGGGCCUCGACAUGACGGCCCGCGACGUGCAGGACGCCUGCCGCGAGAAGGGCCUGCCCUGGACGCUGGCCAAGGGCUUCUCGGGCUCCUGCCCCGUCAGCGCCUUCGUGCCCCGCGAGCGCGUGCCCGACCCGCACGCCCUGCGGCUGUGGCUCCGCGUCAACGGCCAGCUCCGGCAGCAGGGGGAGACGGCCGCCAUGAUCUUCUCCGUGCCCUUCCUCAUCAGCUACAUCUCCAGGAUCAUCACCCUGGAGGAGGGCGACUUCAUCCUGACGGGGACGCCGAGCGGCGUGGGGCCGGUGGCGGACGGCGACGAGAUGGAGGCGGGCAUCGAGGGCGUGGUCAGCAUGCGGGUGAAGGUGGAGAGGUCGGAACACUGACGGGGAGAGGGGCCCGGCCUGCAGUGCAGCCACCACUCCAGAGCAGGGGGACCCCUUGCUCAGUGGGGGCUUGGGCGUCUGUCCUGGGCUGUAGGUGCUGUGUUGAGAGAUGACUUUAUUCUGCAAAUAAACGCAGGGCUGUAGGGGUC